AUGGAUACUAGUUGGAUUGAUUUACGCAAUGGGGAUCCUGCUUAUUAUAGUGGUUGCUUGAAAUUCAUGGAACUUGCGAAGGAGACUCUUGUUGAAGGAAAAACACGAUGUCCGUGUAACAAGUGCAAGUUAAAUAAAUGGCACUUCGUAGAAGAAGUUGGAGGACAUAUUUUGCUUAACGGUUUUCUUAAAAAAUAUCGAAAUUGGGUUUUUCAUCGUAAAGUCAAUGAAGGGAGAAAUAGCUUUGAAACCCCUAGUGGUCUAGGAAAUGCAGUAGGUCAAGAUGACAUGGGAGAGUUGCUAAGAGCAGCUUUUGGUGUUGACAAUUCAGAGUCGCAUAAUGAAUCGCAAGGCAUGCCCGAAGAUGAAGUUUUUUAUGACAUGCAUGAGGAGUUUGAUUUUCAUUGUGAGGUAGAUAAUGAAUUUCCAUCAAGUAACUCAGGUGAAGAAGAUGCUAAGUGUAAACGACUAAUGGAAGCCGCUGAUGAGGUUUUAUAUGAGGGAUGCACUACUUUCUCAAAGUUAUCCUUUAUUUUACACUUGUUUCACCUUAAGUGUAUGUUCCACUGGUCCGCAGAGUCAUUUACUAAAUUGCUUGAACUUCUAAUAGACGCAUUUCCUCAAAUUAAGGAGUUUCCAUCGUCUUAUUAUGAAGGAAAGAAGAUAGUGAACGAUUUGGGGUUAGGAUAUGAGAAAAUCGAUGCAUGUCCAAAUAAUUGCAUUUUAUAUUGGGGUGUAUUUGCAGACAAAGAUGAGUGUCAUGUUUGCCAUACAUCAAGGUGGAAAACAGUGAAAGAAAAGGAGGAUAAUAAAAGUGAGAAAGGAAAGAAAAUAUGUAAGAAGGGCGAGCCAGCUAAAGUAAUGCGAUAUUUUCCUCUUAUACCUAGGCUAAAGAGACUCUAUAUGUCAUCUAAAACAGCUAAGGAUAUGAGAUGGCAUUUUGAACAUAAAGAUGAUAAGAUCUUAAGGCACCCGUCGGAUGGUGAGGCUUGGAAAAGUUUUGAUAAAAGAUAUGUAGAAUUCUCCGAAGAUCCUCGUAGUGUUAGAUUAGGUCUAGCGAGUGAUGGUUUCAAUCCAUAUCGUCUAAUGAAUACCAAUUAUAGUAUAUGGCCGGUGAUUUUGAUUCCUUAUAAUUUGCCACCGUGGCUUUGUAUGAAGCCAUCAUCAUUCAUUUUGUCCUUGCUUAUUCCCGGAAAACAUAGUCCUGGGAUGGAUAUUGAUGUGUAUUUGCAACCAUUAAUCCACGAGUUAAAGUUAUUGUGGGAAGGUGUUCCUGCCUUUGAUGCGCAUAGUGGAAAUAAAUUUAAGAUGCGAUCAGCCUUACAUUCCACUAUAAACGACUUUCCGGCAUAUGCUAUGUUGUCCGGUUGGAGUACAAGAGGUUACAAAGCUUGCCCUACAUGUGCCCAUAAUACUAAUUCAUAUUGGUUUGGCGGCAGAAUGUGCUACCCAGGGCAUCGAAAAUGGUUGCCAAUUGAUCAUCCUUAUCGUUCUCAAGGUAAUUUAUUUGAUGGGGAAAAUGAAUACGGGGUUGCUCCGGUCCCUGCAAGUGGGAUAGACAUUUUGAAGGAACUAGAAAAGGUUAAGUAUGUUUAUGGACAAUCAAAGAAAGCACAACCAAAGAAAAUAUCUAAGAAAAGAAAGAGACUUCAAGGUGGAACUUCUCAUGAUGAGCCGGAUGAUGAUGAUGGUGGUGAAGAGGAAGCCAAUGAACUCUUUUAG